UGUGUGGAUCGAAGAAGAAAAAAGAAAAAAGACGUCGCUUAAAACAACCAGAAGCGGCACAGACGCGUUGGUCAUCAUCAUAGAAGCUUCGCCAUUGGUCAUCUAAGAAGUGUCGCCAUUGGCCGUCAUCGUAGAAGCUUCGCCAUUGGUCGUCUAAGAAGCGUCGCCAUUGGUCAUCAUCAUAGAAGCUUCGCCAUUGGUCGUCUAAGAAGUGUCGCCAUUGGCCGUCAUCGUAGAAGCGUCGCCAUUGGUCGUCUAAGAAGCGUCGCCAUUGGUCGUCUAAGAAGUGUCGCCAUUGGUCGUCCUUAUAGAAUCGUCACCAUUGGUCGUCAUCCCACAAGCGUCACCAUUGGUCGUCAUCCCAGAAGCGUCACCAUUGGUCGUCAGUCACCAUGGGAAAAACGCCACUAAAAGAUCACAAAGACGGCAAAAAAGAGAAACCAGGAAGAAUGGUUCCACUAACGGGUUCCACUCCUGCAACAGCUAAAGAUGCUUUCAGCUGGGAGGAAUAUCUAAAGGAGACGUCUUCUCUACCGGCUCCACCAGGCUGCUUCCGUCAGGCCAGAGUCCCGCCCUCCAACGACUUCAAGGUGGGAAUGAAGCUCGAGGCCCACGACCCGCGCAACUCCACCUCCGUCUGCAUCGCCACCGUGAUGGGUCUGACGGGGGUCCGCCUGCGUCUCCGUCUGGACGGGAGCGACAACAGCAACGACUUCUGGAGACUCGUGGACUCCUCGGACAUCCAGCCCAUCGGCAACUGUGAGAAGAACGGGGACAUGCUGCAGCCACCGCUGGGCUUCCGGAUGAACGCCUCCUCGUGGCCCAUGUUCCUAUUGAGAACCUUAAACGGAGCUGAGAUGGCUCCAGUGAUCGCCUUUAAAAAGGAGCCUCCGAGGCCCCCCCAGAACAACUUUAAGUCGGGCAUGAAGCUGGAGGCCGUGGACAAGAAGAACCCGUACCUCAUCUGUCCGGCCACCAUCGGAGAAGUGAAGGGCGACGAGGUCUUCGUCAUGUUCGACGGCUGGCGAGGCGCCUUCGACUACUGGUGCAAGUAUGACUCCCGGGACGUCUUCCCCGUGGGCUGGUGCUCGCUCACCAAGCACGGCCUCCAGCCGCCCGGCAACAGCGUCACUCUGCCAAAGAGCGUGCCAAUCCUCCCGGCGUCGCCCUCCAAGCCCAGCAGGCGCUCCAUGCAGUCCCCCUACCGCCUCCCCAACCCUCUGCCUGCUCUGCCCGUCAGGAAGGGGGUCCGAGGCCGCCGGCCCAAGAGCGAGACCAUCGCUCUGCUCAAAGCCGUGGCGGAAGCAGCGGCGGCGGCGGUCGCCGAGCAAAACGGAACCGCGCCCGAAAGCACGCAGCUCGUUCCCCGACCCCACAAGAAGAGAGGGCCAAAGCCUGGAAGCAAGAGGAAGUCCAAGAUUCUCCAAAGCCCCGGACAUCUGCUGAGCAUCCAGGUUCCUCAGGAGAGCCCCGGCAGCCUCAACUCCAUGGUCUCAACAGUGUGCGUGUACGUGAAUAAACAAGGGAACUGCGGCCCCCACCUGGACCGGAAGCAGAUGCAGCGUCUCCCGGACCACUUCGGUCCGGGCCCGGUGAACGCUGUGCUCCAGCUGGUGGUCCAGUCCUCUAUAGACUGUGCGUACCAGCCCAAGGUCCUGCUCAGCGCCCUCCAGACUCACUCGGGAGGAGGAGAGGUGGUCAGAGUGAGAACCGACGGGGGCGUCCGUGUGGUCAAACUGCCGUCGGCCUCCAGCGCCUCCUUCGUGCUGCGCUUCCUGGAGACGAUGUGUCGUCACCUGCAGUGCGACAACCUGUUCAGCAGCCAGCCGUUCAGCCACUACGACAGGACCAAGUCAGUGAAAGAAGAGGCGCUGGACGCUCCGUCUCUGGCUCGGGGGAGUAAACGGAGUCUCUCCGGAGUCUCGCCGCCGUACGCAGCUCCUCUGUCGCCGAAACAUUUACGCACUGAAGCUCAUCCUUCAGAAGCAGAGACUCUGCCUCAUGAAGAGAACGGCCUCCUAAAGGAGCAGCGCUACAUGGACUCGGCCUCCAACUCCAUGACCCCUCGACCCCAGACGGUGCGCAGCUCCUCGGAGUACCACUCUCACGCCGGCGCCCGGUAUCGCCACGGCGCGGCCGUGCGGCGCCUCUCCUCCAACCCGGCGGAGCUCAGCUCCAAGCAGCAGCUCAGACGAGUAGAAGCAGCCAGCUCCACCACCGGCCCCGAGGCUCUGGGCUCUGAGCUGCCCGGUAGAAACCCGUCGUCCUGGUCCAUCGAGGAGGUGAUGCAGUUUGUGAAAGACGCCGACCCCACGGCGUUAGCUCCGCACGCCGAGCUGUUCAGGAAACACGAGAUCGAUGGAAAAGCUCUGAUGCUGCUGCGGAGCGACAUGAUCAUGAAGUACAUGGGUCUGAAGCUGGGUCCGGCUCUCAAGCUGUGUCACCACAUAGAGCGGCUGAAGCAAGGGAGACCCUGAAGGAGCCUGCGUCUGGACCGGGACUCGUGGGGGUGGGGGGGGGCAUGUGGAUGGUCUGAACUCAUAUCAGGACUUCAUCCAGACCUCCAGACCCCCCCAGCGUGGACCAGGUGUUUGACACAUUACCUCACCCCCUCAUCAGUUUUGACUUUUAAGGAAUCCCAAAGGACCAGAAUCCUCUGCAGUGUUCUCGUUGCUCUGCACACGGAGGGCACACGGAGGGCACACGGAGGGGACACCCCCCCGCCCCAAAGAUGGAGAAUGUUUCUUCUUAUAAUAAUGUUUUUAUUCCUGUUGAAUGAAGGACGGGUCGGUUUUUACUGAGACAACUAAACUAACUCCUCAGAAGUUCUUCCCUUCGAGAGGAGACUCUUUCCUCCUCCUGCAGAGCGCUGAUCGAUGUGUUCUGAUCGACUCUCAUUGAUCGGCCGCGGUUACACUCGUCUUCUCAACAUAUACGGUGGAUAAACGCUUCAUCUCCUAUUAACUCUUCACAAUAAAAGCCCCGUUAUCUCUGCUGUAUUAGUAGACUUGUUUUAAAAAGCUCUGCUAAUAUAGUGAUGAGCACAUUUUACUAUUAACUCUGCACAAUAGGGCUGCGACUAAACAUUAUCUUCAUUGCCGACUGAUCGGUCAAUCAUUUUCUCGAUUAAUUGAUUCGUUUUAUGUCAAUAAAAUGUCAGAAAAUGGUGAAAAUUUGUUUUACCGGGAGAGUAGCUGCUAACGAAGCUACGCUAACUCAAUGAUCAACACAUUUUCCUAUGAAUUCUCUUCUUUUGUUAUUUAAAGGUUUCAUGUUGAGGGAAAUCUUCCGCACUAACUUAACUCAGACAGCAGCUCUCCAGGUUUUCUUCUUCUUCUCUUCUGGUCGUUAGAGGAAGAUGACGGAGAGACUAACACGUCCGUAUGAAAAGACGAAUGUAACCGCGGCCGGAGACGGACGUCUUCUUCAACGUCGUCACGUUUUAUUAAAUCCGACAGUUCUGAUCGAACCUCACAUUUUCCACGAGUUUCCUGCCGUCAUCAUCACCAUCAUCACCAUCACCAUCAUCAUCAUCACCACCAUCAUCAUCACCACCACCAUCACCACCACCAUCAUCAUCACCACCACCAUCAUCAUCACCACCAUCAUCACGCCCUCCACGCUCUUCUGACUCGAGUCGACGAUGGUUCAUGGAUCUUUUUUAACAUUUUAACGUUUCCUCAUAAAUCUGGUGAGCUCGUGGGUUCUUCUGAAGCGUUACAAUCACUGUUGGAUGAAGACAGAUGUGUACAGUUUUUAUGGGUUUAACCAUGAAUAUCAGCGACAGAAUGUACAUUUUGUAGAAACCUAAUAUUUUUAAGGAGAUCAUCUACACAAGUUAGAAAAGGCAGAUUUACAUAUUUUUAAUCUCUUUUAGUUCGGCUCCUCUCAGUAAAGUUUAGACGCUGCCUUUCUUCACCGACGACGUCUCUCAGGUCUGCGCGGUCUUUGUUAGGACGAGCUUUUGUAGCAAACUGUUUAUAAUGAAAACACUCUACAGAAUGUUCCCGUUCCUCCUGGAUUCAAACAAACACACUUUUUGUGCCAAAUGACGUUGAACACGGAGCGCUGAGAGCGGUGCGUUCUUCGCUUCUCUUUAUUCUUCAAACUACUUGAAAUCGGUGUCACUAGUCCGUUUUCUGUCACAGCAGAUAAACAAUGUGUGUUCAUGACGUGUAUUUGCUUUGCUUUUUAUAAACCUACCAAAAACUACAAGAUGUGUUUUUACUGACUGACAGGAAGUGAUUUAAGACCAAGUUACAGAAACAUGGAAGUGAUGGAAAUGAGAGAUUUUGGGACUCGUUUUCUAUCUCUGAGUCAAAUAUUCAUAUUUAUAUUGAAUAUAACAAAACAAUAGAGAACAACUGAUAUUUAACACAAUAACUGCAGGAAGUUUGUUUAGAACGAGCCAUUCGGAUAUAUUUUCAGCAGAUUAUUUCUUUUUUUCUGAACUUUUAAAACAAUGUCUUUAUUGUGUUUGUUUAUUUUAAAUGUAUUUUAAAUAACAAUCUGAACUUUAAUAAGUAACUAUUUCACAGAAAUGAAUGAAAUGCUGAGAAAAACUAUAUGUUUAAAAAAUAAAAAUAAAGAUUCAAGAAGACCUCGAGACCGCUGUGAAGCUCCGAAGGCCCUAAGGGGGGGGGUCGGGACCCUCGGGUUGGGAACCAGUGAUGGACAAAGAUCAAAGCUUUCCUUCAUUAAACUAAAACGUUACGUCUCAAGUGGAAGAAAAAAGACGUCGUUUUCUUCCGACAUGAAAUAAAAGAACACUAUUCUUUUAACAGGAAGUAGGUUGAAGCUGAAGCUGAAGCUUUUAUUAAUGUCUCUUCUGUCUAAAGUUCCUCAUUUAUAAAGUUUAACAAUGAAGGUUUAAUGUUUAAACUGAAAUAAGGUGAUACAUUAUUAUUCUCUAAGUUACAUCUUUUAACUAACUUAACUAUCAAAUAUUUAUUAAUUUUCAGAUUUUUGUAAUUUAAU